CAGCGAAACUAGCUACAUCGCACGAGAAGACCAGAUUGCGACCCAGCAUGUUGCCAUCUUGCCCAUUCACCUGGCUGCUAUUUACAGGAAAGUACAGAGCCUAGAAAUCCUCUUGCAUUCUGGUGCUGACCCAGAGAGAAGGGACCACCGUGGGUGCAGUGCUCUACAUCUAGUGAUCUCUCACUGGCCCAGGAUCACCAGGACCGGGUCCAAACCACGCAGCAAGUUCGAGACCGCCCUGGCCGCCGCUGAGCAACGAGCAGAGGCCUGCCUGAGCUUGCUGUGUCACUUUGGGGCCGAUGUCAACGCGCGGGUGGAGAGAGACGGCGGGCACACCGCCAUGCACCUGGCCGUGCGCUACGGAGCCCUGCCCGCCGUGGGCAUCCUGGCCAGCCACGGCGCCCGCGUCAACACGCCGGACGGCUUGGGCAUGCUGCCCCUGCACGUGGCGGCCGCCGCGCUGGACGCGGACAUGGCCGCCAGCCUCGUAGCGCAGGGGGCGGACGUGAACGCAGCCGUGCCCCGGUCCGGGUCCACCGCCCUGCACAUGGCCGUCCUGGCGGCGCUCAGCGCAGCCGGGGCGGCCCCGCCCGCGGGCCUCAGCUGCGUGGGCCUGCUGCUGGGGCACGGAGCUGCGCCCAACGCGCGGGACGGGGCCGGCCGGACGCCCCUGCACCAGGCCUGCCAGGACGGCCGGGAGGAGGCCGCGGACGUGCUCCUCAGGCACGGGGCCGACGUCAACGUCCCCACCUCCCUGGGCGAAAACUGCCUCUUCCUGCUCCUAGAUCGCACCGCCAACCUGGAGCGAGCGUCGCUCCUGUGCAAAGUGCUCGGGCUGACCUACCCCCUGAGCAUCACCAACAGCCAGGGGGCGCUCCCCAGGGCCCUGCUGCUGCCCGAGCACCAGGCCCAGAGGGACCUGCUGCUGCAGCUCUGCCAGCACCCCCUCAGCCUCCAGGACACAUGCAGGAUCCACAUACACCGGCAGUAUGGGGAGAGGUCCAGACCCAGACUCAGGGAGAUGCUGCCUGAAAAGCUACACAGCUUCCUGUACAGCAGCUGGAAGUGCCCAGUGGGAAUAUCGUUUCCUGGUAUGCGCCCGAGUGUAGACAAUCAAACAGCAGGGCAUUUACCCAGAACACCCGCAGAUGUGAACACUGUGGAGGUACAUGCCACCGCUGGCCAUAUCUGAUGUGCCAUUACUAAUUUAAAUACAUAAAGCCAUGAAGAAAAGGCAUUGGUAUAUUUACACAUUAUGAUCUUUGUUAUCCACACAAGUGCAGUUGAAGGCAAUAACAUACCUUAAGGUCUCUGUGCAUGAUUCCCUUUGAGUGAAUAUAUUUCACCCCUUCAAGUAUUGCCCGAAGAAUGUUGAAUGUACGUUCUGUAUCCACACAUCCGUAAGGAUCUGUAGAUCAAUACAAAAACACAUUCAUUUAAAUUGCAGAUACUACGGUCCUGGUCCAACAUACCUACAUUCUUGCUAAAAGUCUUUUUCUUUGAUUAUGGUAGAUUUAAUAAAAUGUAUUUAAACAGUGUGGACUGUAGAGUUAGACACAGGCAAACAGAUUCUUUGCAAAGGGCAGGCCCAUUGAUAAAAGGGAUCCCGCUCAAUUUUAAGACCACACCUACUCCUGCUUCUUGUGUUUUCAGCCAAAGAAAUUUAGGUUUGUUUGACUGAAUAAUAAAAAAACUGUCUGGUUUGAUUAAAUUAAUUACACUCUUGAACUGAAGAGGUGCAUCUAACUGAAUCUUGUGGUUAAUCUUGAAUAGAAAGCCUUGCACAGAAAAAUGGGAAUAUUGAGAGUGGAAGAGAACAUUGUACCCAUCACUGUUGUUGCCCUUGAUAUGCCUGUUGCUCCAGUGAUUUUUAUGGAAUGUGACAUUCCUUGGUAGCCUUGCACGCUUGCUCGGCAAAUAAAUAAAUAAAUAAAUAACUA